CGAGCCUGGCAACGUUUCAAAACAAGAACAGCCAUUGAUAUCGUUGAUUUCGAACACCAAAAGUGACCACGAAAUAACGUACGAAGUUUUGUCUAGAGAUCAAGCCUCUCGGGGAUGUGAGUGGAGCAAGGACUUGCGAAAUAUAUCGUCGUUCAACCUCGCACAACUCUACGACUAUGGAAUAUGGAUGGCUCUGCUCCUGAAAAAUAUAAACACCAAAGCUUAAAGUAAUCUUGAAGUAUCAUUUAAACUAUUGAAGUAUCAAGUUGGUGCCCUACUUUGUGCCUUGGGCAUUCUAAACAACAACUGAAAGACUCUGAGGCAGCAGAAGCUCGGUCUCGAAGAGCUGCCGAAAGACGACAACGUCGAUCUGAGUUUCUUGAAACAACGAUAACAGAGAAAAUGCUCAAAAUUGACGAGCCGGGGGAGAUUAUUGAAGAAAUACCUUUUUACGAGGAGCUUGUGCUGGGUGAAAACCUCCUACAAGAUGGAGCAACAGAUGCUGGGCAAGCCAUCAGUGAAAUAGAAGAUGGAAGAGAAGCAUCGCUCGAUCGUGAACAAACAACGGCUGACGCUGGAACUCAGACAGUAAACUCAGAUUUUAAUGUAAAAACCCAAACUCAUGCAGCAACACAAACUGAUGAAUUUGAAUACUUAAUGAAGGAGACAGUCGUCCAGCCUUUUACAGAAGAGUACUUUGUAAACAAUGAAGAUAGGGUGCGGUUUUACACUGGUUUGUCUGGUUUUGAUGUUCUUGACAUCACUUUUCGUUUUGUUAGCCCGCUUGUAAGUCGAAAGAGCAAAACACUGACACUAUUUCAAGAGUUUGUUAUGGUUUUAAUCAAACUAAGACUGAAUGUUCCGCUACAGGACCUCGCCUUUCGGUUUGGGGUCUCUCUUUCAACUAUUUCAAGAAAAUUUACUACAUGGAUGACUGUUUUGGAUGUAAGGUUAUCUCCCCUCAUUAGGUGGCCAGAAAGAGAUGAGCUGUGGCGUACAAUGCCAAUGUGUUUCCAGUUUUCUUUCGGAAAGAAAACAACAAUCAUAAUAGACUGUUUUGAAAUUUCUAUAGAACGCCCUUCCAAUCUGCUUGCAAGAGCACAGACGUUUUCGAAUUAUAAGCAUCGUAAUACAGUGAAAGUACUUAUUGGAAUCACACCUCAAGGAUCAGUAUGUUUUACUUCAAAAGCAUGGGGAGGACGGACUUCUGAUAAAUACCUAACAGAGAGGUGUGGUUUUCUUGACAACCUCAAGCCCGGUGACGUAGUGUUGGCUGACAGAGGGUUCACAAUUAGUGAAAGUGUUGCUUUCUACCAAGCACAGUCAGGUACCCCGGCCUUCACAAAAGGCAAGAACCAACUAGACCCAUUCGAUGUAGAAAGGACACGGGGAAUUGCCAACAUGCGAAUACACGUGGAGCGUGUCAUUGGACUUUUGAGGCAAAAAUAUACUAUUUUGCAGUCAACUCUACCAUUGGAUUACCUCACCUGUUCUAACAAUGCUGCAAACUGUCCAUUGAUUGACAGGAUGAUCAGGGUUUGCUCAGCUCUGACUAAUCUUUGCCCAUCUGUUGUCCCUUUCGACAUUUUUUUGGCACAGAGGACAAAACCACUUGUAGGGUACUUCUUGGACUUUCAAGCAGGUUAAAUGAAAAGAAGAAAUGAGACAUGCUUGGUUGCUGCAUGUCACAACAGCAUCGGUAGUACUCUUUCUGCAAAAGCAAACAGAACUGAGGACAGAUGAUGGCUGAGACACAUUUCUUUUCUGGCAGAACACAAUAUCUCCAAAAGUGAGUUAGUUUGGGAACAACAGAAUUCCAGUGACAGAUAUCUGGUAGAAUUCUUUCACAAAAGAAAGAAAUUUGUUCAUUAAAACUGCAAACAAUAAAGUCACAGUAAUUGUA